CUUCGAGAACAUAAGCAAAACUACUAUAAACAAGAAGAAAUGAAGAGCAUCAUCAACCCAAAUCCCAGGUUUCAUUUGAUAGUCUCUCUUUGUCCAUAGUCGAUAUAAUCUUAUGAUGAAGACUAUAAUAUAUCCUUAUUGGCUAUUCACCUCCAUGACCUCUCCAAUGCUUGACUUAUUAGCCCUCAUCACUUUUUCUCUCUUGAUAAUUGUGACACUAAAUAUAGUGAGGAAUCAUAAGAAAACAGAUCAACCAACUCAAAAUAUACCUCCAGGACCAUGGAAGCUACCGAUUAUAGGAAAUAUACCUCAUAUUCUUACAUCUGCACCCCAUAAAAGAUUGAGAGACCUAGCCAAAAUAUAUGGUCCUUUGAUGCAUCUGCAACUUGGAGAUAAGAGCACAAUCAUUGUUUCCUCGGCCGAGUAUGCUAGAGAGAUAAUGAAAACUCAUGAUGUUAUCUUUGCAUCAAGGCCUCGUAGUGCAACUUCAGAUAUAUUGUCCUAUGAAGCCACAGGUAUUGCUUCUGCACCUUAUGGAAAUUAUUGGAGAGUGUUACGAAAGAUAUGCACAAUGGAGCUUUUGUCCCCAAAACGUGUCGAUUCAUUUCAGCCAAUAAGGGAAUUAGAAGAGCUCACCAGUCUCAUCAAAAUGAUUGAUUCUCAUAAAGGAUCUCCCAUCAACCUCACUCAUGUAGUACUUUCAUCGAUAUAUUCUAUCAUUUCAAGAGCUGCUUUUGGCAAGAAGUAUGGUAAAGAGCAAGAAGAAUUCAUAUCAUUGAUGAAAGAAGGACUUACGAUAUUGGGAGAUUUAUUUCCUUCUACUAGAUGGCUUUCAGUUGUCACCGGUUUGAGGCCUAAGCUUGAGAGGUUGCAUCGACAAGUUGAUCAGAUUCUAGAAAACAUCAUCAUUGAACAUAAAAUGGCAAAGUCAAAAGUCAGGAAAGGUCAAGAUGAAGGAAAGGAAGAUUUGGUAGAUAUUCUCCUAAAAUUCCAGGAUGGUAAUGAUAGUAACAAUCAUAUUUGCUUAACUAAUAAGCAUGUCAAGGCUACAAUCCUGGAAAUCUUUGGUGCCGGGGCUGAGCCAUCAGCAAUUACCAUAGAUUGGGCUACGGCUGAGAUGGUAAAAGAUCCUAGAGUGAUGAAGAAAGCACAAGCUGAAGCGAGAAAGGUAUUCAAUAUGAAAGGAAGGGUUGACGGAACAUGUAUCAAUGAACUUAAAUAUUUGAAAUUGGUUGUUAAAGAGACCCUAAGAUUACACCCUCCUGGUCCUCUUUUACUUCCAAGAGAAUGUAGACAAGCAUGUAAGAUUCAUGGCUAUCUCAUACCAUUCGGAAGUAUUGUCAUAGUCAAUGCUUGGGCAAUUGGAAGAGAUCCAAACUAUUGGACAGAACCGGAGAGAUUUUAUCCAGAGAGAUUCAUUGAUAGCUCUAUUGAUCAUAGUGGGAACAGUUUUGAGUACAUUCCAUUUGGUGCUGGAAGAAGACUAUGCCCAGGCAGCAACUUUGGUUUGAUGAAUGUUGAGCUAACACUUGCGUUGUUAUUGUAUCACUUUGAUUGGAAGCUUCCCAAUGGAAUGAAAAAUGAGGACUUGGACAUGACCGAGGAAUUUAAGGUAACUAUUAGAAGAAAAGAAGACCUGUACUUGAUUCCUGUAUCUUCUUCUUUUGGAUAA